AUGGCACCCCAAACUGCUUCAGCUCUCGUCACUAAAGACGGCAAGCUGUCCAAGGAAACGAUUCCUGUGCCGACUCCAGGCGAGCAUCAGGUACUGGUCAAGAUCACUCAUGUCGCCCAGAAUCCUACCGAUGUCCAAUCACUUGAUGCCAAUGCCUUUGGCGACGAUGCGGUGCUCGGCUGCGACUUUGUCGGUACGGUCGAGAAGACGGGCGAUAAAGUGAGCAAAAUCAAAACGGGUACUGUGAUAGCCGGUCUGAUUUGGGGAGGCGAGAUCAAGGGACUGGGCGGCUACAGCGAGUACACCCUCGCAGAUGAGCGCAUUUGCUUUCCCGUGCCCGAAGGCAUCGCUCCGGAGCAGGCCGCCACAGUGCCCCUAGCCUCGUGUACAGCUCUGCUCGCUCUUUUCUCCAAAGAUUGUCUCAACAUCCCACAAAAGUCCGGAGAGACUGUGCUCAUUUGGGGUGGCAGCUCAAGCGUUGGGCUCUAUGCCAUUCAAAUCGCCAAGCACUAUGGUCUCAAUGUGAUCACGACUUGCAGUCCCCGACACCACGAUCUCGUCAAGUCUCUUGGUGCUAGUCACGUCUUUGACUACCGCGACGCCAAGGUGGCAGAGAGCAUCAAGACCGCGACAAACUCGAGCCUAAAGUACGUCUUUGACACCAUUGGCAAUGAUUCGUCCUCGGCCACGGCGUCGCAGGCCCUAUGUGAACAGGGCGGCGGCUUGUGCACCGUUCGCCCCGGCAAGGCCUUUACCGAGAAUGUGACCAAGCAGACCAAGGUGACGGAUGUGCUGGUCUGGACGGCCUUCUUGAAGGAACACCAGUACAAGGAGUUUCACUGGCCGCCACACAAGGAGGACCACGAACUUUCGGCCAAGUUCUUUGAGGAACUGCCCAAGCUGCUCUCAUCAGGAGUCGUCAAACCCAACACCCCAAAACUUCUAGAGGGACUCGACUCUGUGCCAAAGGGAUUCCAGGAAUACCGCGAUGGAGUCAUUUCAAACUACAAGAUCGUCUACAAGAUUUAA